CUUAUUUGUUAAGAAUUAUCAAAAUCCUGAUCAUGGAAACUAUCCAAGAGGAACCAAUAAAGAAAUCUUUGAUAUUUGAGCCAGAGCCAUUUAAAAUUCAAAAGGCAAGACCAAAGAGCAGCUCACUGCCAAUUUUGCUGAAAUAACAAGAACUUCAGGAAGAGGAUAAUAAUUUGCCAGCCUUCUCUAGGAAAUUUUCUUCAGAGCUAUGCUCCAAAAGCUAAUUUCAAACGGAGCAACAAUGUACAUAUGAAAACUCCCAAACUUAAGACUCACAAGUCAACCCUUCUAAAAUCCCUCGAUAAGAAAGCCAAUGUUGCUAAAUUAAAGAAAGUUCCAAGAAGAGCUUCUAUCAGACGAAAUCUUACUCGAGGUGCCAGUGAAAGCUCUGUUACCACAGAAGACCGGUCGAAUAUCAGGUCUCUUAAAUAAAGCAAAAUUCUUCAAUAACCUAAAGAAAUUAUCAGACAUGAGUAAAAAUAAGAUAAAUGAAUGGGAUGAGGUCCUCAAGCGAUGUAAUAUUGAGCCUAAGAAACCCAACACUGCACAACCAGGCAUGAGGCAGAAACAAAGGCUUGAUCUGCAAAACCCGUUGUACACUAAGACCAAUGGGAAGAAAAAGAACAAAAUUACUACCCAUAUUGAGAAUAAUAGAAAAAUGGUUAGUAAGCAUAUCAAGGAGAUUAACCAGCAUUCUAAUGAGUUGAUCUUAACACGCCAUUCAGACCUCUACUCGAGUUGUUUGUGUCCUUAUAAAUAUCAAGCGCGUAAAUCAGUGUAAUUAUUCAAUUCCAA